UUCACCAGUUUAAAAUAUGACACUUGACAACUGUACAUACAGCAAUUUCAAAACAAUAACCUACAAAUUAAACAACGUGUAAUCGGCUAUACAAUUUAUAAAUUGCCCUAUAUAGAUUUAAACUGUUUAAUUUAGAAUAAUAAUAAAUCAAAAUGGAAGAACGACAGAAGGCGAAAUUAUCCAAAGGCCUCCUUGAUAUGAAAUUCAUGAAGAAAACAAAAGACAGUCUGGAGAAAGAAGCAGAUGAUGCAGUUGGCACAGCACUCUAUUCCCAUGAAGUUACUGAUAGUAUGAAGAAGAAAGGUGAGCUUAUAUUUAUGGAUGCAAGUAUGUCGUCCUGCAAAAAUCUCAUGGAAGGAAGAUUAUCUUUUGGUGGAAUGAAUCCAGAUAUAGAGAGGUACAUGCAGACAGAAUACAAUAAAAAGAUGGAAGAAAUAGAGAAGGCAAAAGAAAAAGAUGUCUCAGAUGCUGAUAUGGCCAAACAAACUGCAUUAUCAAGUAAUAUUGGGAAGAAGUUUCAAAGUAAGAAUCAAAGAAAGUUUUUAAAACCUGAACCAAUGGAAUAGGAUAAAAUAUAGGAUAAGUUCUAGACUCUUAUGGAUAUUUAAUUGAUAAAUGUAAAAGAAAUGAUGAAAUGUUUAACACCUAUUUCUUAAAUUGUUGAUUUGUAACAAACAAGAACAAAUCACAUGAUAAAAUGAUUAACAAAGAAUAAAAAUAAUAUUUAUUCAAUGAAUAAAUGUUAUUUCAUGAGUCAAUAA